AUGGCCACUUCAUCGGCAUCGGCUCUGUCCUUCACAGAGACAUUGAGUCUUCUCUCACUCUCACUCGCCAGCUUUGCCGUCAUAGCAAACACCUUUCAAGGCGAUGGCGCGCCUCUCGUCGCCUCUCUGGCGUUUAGCGGACUGGCGUUCGCAAGUUCUUAUUCCAUGAUACGAUGGCUUGGACCGACGUUUAUGAAAGCAGGGCUGAAGGGAAAGGAUAUGAGCAAAGUGAACAAGAAGGAGAUUCCAGAGACCAUGGGUGCUGUCUGUGCAGUGGUGUAUCUCUUGAUCAUCACUGUCUUCAUUCCAUUUCCGUUUUAUAAGGAUAUAGUGGCUGCGACAUCUGGUGGUGGGAAUCGCGAUGUAGUCCUGGAGACUAUUGAGCAUGUACAAAAUGGGAGGUUUCUCCAUAAGUUUCCGCAUAAUAAAUUGGCAUCAUAUCUAUCAGCAAUCCUUACAGUACAGUCCAUCUCCAUUCUCGGGAUCGGAGACGAUCUUUUCGAUAUCCGAUGGCGGCAUAAGUUCUUCAUCCCUGGAAUCGCAAGCAUACCUCUCCUCAUUGUAUAUUUCGUCGACUUCGGUGUAACCCAUAUUGUCGUUCCUAUACCACUCCGACCAUAUCUGGGAGAACUCCUUCAACUCGGCCCUUUGUACUACCUAUAUAUGUUCGCCAUCGCCAUUUUCUGCCCAAAUAGCAUCAAUAUUCUUGCCGGUAUAAACGGAAUCGAGGUCUCCCAAUCUCUAGUCAUAGCAUGUCUUCUCGUCAUAAACGAUUGCUACUACCUCCUCAACCCAUAUCCUCAUCCAGCAACCGACUCCCACCUCUUCUCACUCUACAUGCUCCUCCCUUUCAUCGGCGUUUCCCUUGCACUCUGGUGGCACAACUGGUAUCCAUCACGGGUCUUUGUAGGAGACACCUACUGCUACUUCGCUGGCAUGGUCUUCGCUGUUGUCGGCAUUCUUGGCCAUUUCUCUAAAACCCUCCUCCUACUAUUCAUCCCGCAAAUCUUCAAUUUCAUCUAUUCCGCGCCUCAAUUAUUUCGUAUAGUCGAAUGUCCUCGUCACCGCCUCCCACGCUUCAACGCUCGCACCAAUCUCAUGGAGCCAUCCGUCACCGAAUGGGUAUCUCCACCAAAACCUGUCAUCGUCAUAUUCCUCAAAGUCCUCCACCAGCUCCACCUCCUCCGAGUAACAACAAAUGAAAAGGGUAUCAUUACCGAAAGCACCAAUUUUACGUUGUUGAAUCUGUGGUUAGUAUGGUUUGGUCCGAAGCGAGAGGAUAGGUUAGCGAUUGAGAUUUUAGCUAUGCAGACCGUCGUGGGGUUGUUUGGGUUGUUUGUGAGACAUAAUUUCGCAUUGCUGCUAUUUGAGAAGGACAAUUUGAAGGGUAUAUUAUAG